CGCGACAUUGGACCAAGUAUACUCAAGCUAGUAGCAACAGCAUGCCUGCUGAAAAGAAACAGACCGCGAAGGGCCGAUCGCAUAGCAAAGGAAUACCUACUGGCAAGUCCUUUGGUGCCGACAAGGCAAGUGCUCGUCCUAAAAAGACCCCUUCCAGCAGCACAACAGCCAAACCAAAGAAAGGCUUCUCAUUCAAAGCAUUGCCGGCUGAUGCAUACCGUGGCAAGCAAGAUAGAUUGAAGGAGAACCUGAUACAGAAGGCGAAACUCAAGAAGAAGUAUGCAAAAGUACUCAAGGAGGAAGGGUACCUGGGUGAAGAGCCGACCGAGGCGCCUGCACUGGCGAAAAAGAUGAAGAAUCAAGAGACUGAAGAAGAUGAGGGAGAGGCGAUGCAAGCACCGUGGCUGCAAAAGACUGUCGUCGAUGAUUGGAGUGAUGAAGAUGAGGAUCCUCUGGACAAGACUCCUGCCGCAGCUGCUAUCAAGAAGAUUCGCCAAGAUCAACGGAAAGCGAAAGCCCAGCAAGCUGCAGAAAGGGAAGAAGCCACAGCUACAGAGUCCGAUCAAGCAGAAGAGAGUGCUGUGGUCGAGAAGAAGACCAGAAUGUCCACUGGCAAGGCACUCAAGGCUGUUUCCGAGAAACGCACAGGCUUCCAACCGUAUGAUGCUUCAAAGCGAAGAACAAAGUUUACAUCUGCUGAGAAGGAAGCGCGGUCAGUACGGCAACAACAUGCAGACGAAGCUGCUCAACUAGAAGCAAAAGUACGUGAGCUGACUGAACGCAAGAGGCAGCGUGCUUUGGCAACCAAGCGAGAACAUUCAAUGACGAAACGAGGGCAGCCACGGAUGGGCGAUCGCAUCAAGAAUCUGCUCAGCAAGUUGCAAGGCCAAGUCUAGCACUAUCGCUCACUGCAUCAAGUAAAUAUUUGUAUGCCUAAUGAAAUGCUCUAUGCCGACUGAA